CAGCAAACACGCAUUGCGCCUUACGCUUACGCAACAAACCGCGCCCGCAUGCGUCUGGCUGGCACACUUAAAAAAAAACAUUACAAAAUUCGAACUUCGAACGCAGAUAAAAAAAAUAUUUGCCUAUCUCUUUGCGCAAAUCGUGUCAAAUUUUCGAUAAAGAUUAACUGAUUUUUCGCGGUAUUUAAAUUUUAAAACGUAUUGUAAACUCUGUUCGCGCGGGAAUUUCUUUUUGGUGUUAAUUUUUUGUAAUAAUUGAGUAAUGUGUCAAAGGAUUAAGUGUUUUGUUGUAGUGAGAAACUGUGAUGUGUUUAUUUCGUGAAGUGGACAACAAAAAGGCACCAUCUGUCGAAAAGGUGGAGGGCGACGCGAGUGCUCGGAGGCGGCAGGGUGCGCGUGCGGCAGCCGCGCUGCGCCCGUGCCACCCGCGCCGCCUGCGCAUCACCCGCUGCACGCACUCGAUCAAAUGCCGCCGCCUUUGCUCAGAUCGAACCCCCUAUACACUGAGGAGGAGGAACAAGAGGUAGUGAUUAUCGUGGACUCGUUGGAUGAUGUGCCGGAGAGCGAAGCUCCGGAGCCGCCGCGCACUCCACGCCGAGCGCCCUCCACGUCUUCAGGCUACGGCAGUGGCGGCGGCAGCCACGGCAGGGUGUCCCCCAACUUACCAAAGAACGAGCAGUUCGAACCACCGGCUCGCCGGUUGUCCGACUCGGACAAGAACGAUGGAUCUCACACCACAUCGGACUCCGACGCCAGUCCGAUUUGCACGCUUAGCAGGAGCCUUAAGGAAGACAUCAGGUCCUGUUUAGGAGUUUGUAGAUGGGAGAAAGACGUAAACGAUGUGGUGGAAGCUGCAGUAAGAGGAGCUGGUGGGAUCAGUGCAGCACGAGCUCGCCUCCAUGCAGCACUGCUGGCACUCCACGAGCCUCCGCCCCGACUGCCGAACAGAGGACCCUCACUGCCAUACUGUGGACCUGGAGUCAGACCUGGUGACGUCACCAUGAUGCCCAAGAACACUGAAAUGUCGUUGUUGCGGGAUUGCGUGACUGUCAAGUAUAAAGAUAAUUGGGUACUUGCUAACUAG